AUGUCAAGCCGAAGUGGAUCCAACCCGUCUGGUUCCCAGGGAACCCGAGCACGGAAUCAGAGGCAGCAGACCUCAUCGAGGCUGAACAUCGCCCACCCUGGCGUCUAUCUCCACAGUCCCGUCAUUGAUUCAGACCCCGAAUCCCGCGAAAUGCAAAUAGACUAUUACAAUUCCCUGCUGCGCAAGCUGUUGGAUCUGAUCGCAAAUGGUGACGAGGCUUCGGUAUCCAGCAUCGUCUCCACCAUCCGCGCUGGGGCCUCUCAUGAUCGGAUCCUUGAAAUCAUCGAACAACUUUCUGCUGCACCUAGUCGUACAAAUGGAAGCAACGGUACUCACUCUCGCACUUGA